CAAUACUUAAGAGUUAAGAGAGCUUUCUUGAGUUCUUACAAGAUCGCUAUCAAUCUGCUGUAACCAUUAAUCACAAUUAGUCAUCUCCCAAUGAUUACGCUUAGACCCAAUUGCCCUUUCGAUGACAGUUUCAAGUUUUAUUGAGUCUAAGGUGUUUCAAGUAACAUUAUUCUAAAUUAUCAUGGCAUGGAUUUUAAUUCCCUAGAGUUGUCGUGUGCCUGGCAUUGGCCCCACAGAGGACUCCUCAGUUUAGUUACAGGAAACUAGGGCCAACCCUGACAAUGACUAAUAAUUAAAAUAAGAUUUGCAAAGGAAAUCAGCUCUAGUACUAACAUUUUUCUUCUUCUUGGAAUUGGGUAUAAAUAUGUCUGAACUCUCAAGCUUUUGCUGAAGCAGCAAGCACCAAUUAACUUCUCUUUGCAGUGGCAUUAGACCAAAAAAUAAUACCGUAGGCUUCUAAGCAAACAGAAAAAUAAAAAUAAAAAAUGGGACCUGUUGGUGUUGGAGCCUUCCCUGAUGGAGAAUGGGAUUGCUUUGGCAAAAUGUUGGCUAAUGAAUCCCAUUAUUGCUCACCACAAUUACUCGGGGAAGAUGAUGGGAGUGUUGGAAUGCAAUCCAUGUUUUUCGCCACUCUUGAUGUUGGGGGAAAUAAGAGUAUGUUUUACUCUUUUGACUCUCACAACUCUAAUUUGCAGUAUAUUUCUCAAGAAAGCAGUCACAAUAAUAGCACUUGUAGUGACCAUAGUGUCUUCAUGAUCAAUCCGGAGGAUCAUACAAACUACCAUUUUGGUUAUGUUGAUCAUGUGCUAGCAAAUAGUACAUCCAUGGAUUUUUGCAUGAUGGAUGAGAAAAACCCUGGCUCUUGUGUCCAAUCUGACAUUGUCAUGAAAGACAAUGUCAGUUUGAAUGAAGAUGAGGGAAGUGGCAAAUCAGAGAAUGUUUUCCUGCCAAACAUUUGAAGCUCAAAAGGAAGCCUGAUGUGUCCAAACUCAAAGUGCAUGUAGAAGAUAAAAUAAACUCACAUGGGAAUGGUAACAAAAAACCUCGUGAUUCAAAAGAUGUAAGCUUUGUCUAUACUUAUCUAAAUUCUGAUAACUCGUAUUUGGAUCUUUCAAUUUGUAACUACAUUUUGUGUGUGGCUUCCAACUUCAGGUGCAACAUUGCAUGAAGAACCAGAAACUUGAGAAAAAUGGGAAUCAGGCAGAAGAGAUUAAUGCCGGUUCAGAUCAUGGAUGUAGUUCUAGUAGUAACACUCUAGAGGAUGAUAAUGCUUCUCAAGCAAACAGUGGAGGAGCCACUUCUGCUCUCAACUUAAAAGGGAAAUUAAACAAAAGUUAGUAGGGGAUCAGCAACAGAUCCUCAAAGCCUUUAU